AUGUCGAACUAUAUCCUGCUUGGUAAUAAGUGGUUUUGUACUAAAGAAUAUGAUGAGGUUAAACUUCCGACUUAUUUACUGGAAAUAGUAACAAAUGCAGAAGAUGCUUGGGUAAGAACAACUCUGCUAUCUGAGUCUGAUUCUUUUGACAGUGAUUCAAGUAAUUCUUCCUCAUCCAGUUCUGACUCGGAAAAUGGAGAAAUGGAUAUGUUGUCUUGA